GGAUAAUCCGCUUCCAUAAAGAGAAACCAUGGAUUUACAGAGAGAUCAGAGAAUGCAAUAUAUACCUAGUUAACACGAUCGUAGCUCGUGUCUCGUUUUGACAUCCGUCUGUUUCUAGACGACGUUCCUGUUCUACUAGAAAGGUGCAAAUAAACUCUUGGAAAUGUCUGAAAAACGAAUGUCUAGCAGUAAAAAACACAGCCUGAAGAGCAUGAUGCUCCAGGUUGCAAAAGAUCUACUAGAAGCAGAGGACAUUGAGAAGAAAGAGGAAAGGAAGAGAUACAUGGAGGAACAUUGCCCUAUGUUGUCAUACCCGAGCUCCAAACAAGAACUACAGGAGCUCUGCAAAGAGUUACAUGAAAAAAUCGAAGUUAUCGAUGAGGAGAGAUACGUUUUAGAGCAUAAAGCCAUCAUGGUUGUCAAUGAGGUUAAAGACCUAAACAUCAAGAUUGUCGACCUGAAGGGCAAGUUCAAGAAGCCACCUUUAAAGAAAGUGCGCAUGUCGGCUGACGCCAUGCUCCAAGCUCUGUUGGGAUCCAAGCACAAGGUCUCCAUGGACCUGAGAGCCAACCUGAAACAAGUCAAGAAGGAGGUCAAAGAGGAGGAUAAAGAACUGCGUGAUGUUGGUGACUGGCGUAAGAACAUUGAGGAUAAGGCUGGUAUGGGCGGCAGGAAGAAGAUGUUUGAAUCUGAAGCUUGAUGAUGAUGAUGAUGAUGAUGAUGAGUAUCCCACCAUGAUCUUUUUAUUGGCUUGGAUCUGGAUAAAAUGUACAACUUAAAGGUUUCAGUUUAUAAUCCAUAAAAAUGCCAGUCAAUAAUUGAAUUGUUCUCUUGAACAACGAAGUGUUUAAUUUGUAAUUCUAUACAGCUUGUCAAAAUUAUGUUUUUUCUAAAUAAAUAACCCAACUGUAUUAAUUGUUGCUUCCUGCUUUUUUAAAACAUAAAACCUUAACUGUCAUCUGAGACCUAAGUUUGCUUCACUAUGUUGAAUCUAAUCAUUACAAACUCUAUAUCGCUGGAAAGACUCCCAAAUUGAAUUUUUUUUACUUUUCUGUAAAAGAAAAUAACUAGGAAAUGUAACAGAUUAAUUUAUAACAAGAGUUCACCUAAAAAAAAUCUACAUUAUAACAAGAGUUCAGACCUUUGUCACAAAAAGCCUUCUUUGUUGCCUUAUUCCCUAUCAUGCUUUAGAAAACAUAAGAAAUUCUGCGUUGCAUUACCAUAGAAAUGGUACAUCAAAAUCAUAUAAAACAUAUUUAUGAAUUUGAAUUGCUUAAAGUGAACAAGGAAUAAACAUCAACUUUAUUUACGUUCUUAAUAGACAUUCUUGGUCUUACUCUGAUCAAUUUGUUGGCGUUAAAUGACUUUCUCGCUUGGCGCCUAUUUUUUCAGUCGCUCAAACCACCUGAUACGACUUUUUAUAUCUCACUUACCCGCCCAACAUUUUUUUUUCCACAUUGAAUAUCCCAUUUCACUUUGAAAUUCGCCACUGUUAUGAAAUGACUUCACACGCAAAUUCCAUAAUUCAGUGUAACUUCAAAUCUAAAUCAAGUGCCCGUUUUCCUCUUCAAGGUAAGAUUCCUCUUUUUUGUGUCUUUACAAGAUUAGUGUUCAGCAUGCGCUUCAAAUAUAAUUAGAAUAUUUUCUAAUUCUUGCAGAACGAAGUCGUCUUGACGGAUCAUUGGCAUGUGAAUCUUGCUCGCCGGCUCUUCUAUAGCUGGUGAGCCCCUCUCGGUUGACUCCCCUUCGAUCUUACCUUGGACCCGAAGGAUUUAACGCACUCUUUCUUUACUGGAUCUACCUUCGAACACCUGCUUUCCGGAUUAAACCUGGACUAAAAACGAAGAAGAGAGAUGGAUGGAGAGUUAUUGAAGUCUCUGGCGAUAUCUGCUGGUCAUGGUUGGAGCUGCAGGUAAUAAUUCAUGCGCUAAACAUACAUAUUUUAUGCAUGAUACAUAACUGAAUUUGAUAGAACAGUAUAUCCGAUAUGUUUGCUUUGAGCGCCAUGCAGUAUGCACGCAAUGAUACUAGUUCAGUUUUAGUAUUAGUAUUCUUGUUAUUAGUCAAGUAUGUUUUUUUUUUCAUUCAAAGACGCGCAUGACUACUGAAAAUGUGCAUAGCUGGCUCAGUAUAUGUUCAUAUUAUGUCGAGCAUUAAAUAUUGAAUGUUUGCUAUUCCCAUCAUAGCCAGUGUGAUAAAGCGUGAGCGAAAAUCAUCCGAUGGUCGUUAUUAAGUCUAAAUAGGUUUUAGACAGCUGAUUAAAAACAACGACGAAUAAUAGUUUGUAAUGAAUUAUUGAAAUAAAAAAAAUAAAUAAAAAAGUUUUACUUCCCAGCAGUCGUAUGACGUUGAUAUUUGGUUACGUUUGGGGUGCGACGUCACACGUCAGGUGAAUAAAAUUAAACGUAAACUCAACGUCUAAUGUCAACGUUAAACUGACGUCCAAUACAGACGUCAGCUGACGUUGAUAUUAUUUGUUUUUAGGUUGUGUAACUAAAGCAAACGUCAAGUCAACGUGACGUCAACCCGAUUUUCAUUUUAAACCGAAAUGCAACGUGUCUGACGUCAUGUCCAACGUCAGUCUGACGUUAUAUAGAAGUCCGGUGCGUUAAUUAUUCUAUUUCGAUUCGACAGUGAUAUCACACUUUACGUUGGCAUCUGAAGUGGAUGCGGUUUCGAGUUAUAAUAGAAUCAAAAUCAAACCUAACUCAAGUUUUUGUUUUUUUUAAUUAAUAUUUUCAUUAAUUUAUUCUGCAACAAAAAGCGUCUGUAAGCGGGAAUCAAGUAGUGUUUGUGAGGUCAUGUGACCAUGAGGGGGCGACCUGCCACUAAGUACAAUAAACAGCUCCUGAAGUGACUUGAGUUUUCACCCACUGUGAAUAAAUAUGCAAAACUACUGUUUCUUCGGAAGUGGAGACAGAAACUUGAGUGCGAUCAGUGUUGCCAAGUCCAAGGUUUUCCCGCGGGCUACUUUAACACUGUUGGAGCCGGUUAAUUUUGGUGUCCGUGGGUUUAAGGGACCCCAAUAACAUGAUGUUUAGCCCCUAUAAUGUGAAUUAAAAAAAAGUGUUAGCCAACCCCCUCGGAAAACAAUUAAGCUAGUUUUGGACUAGUUUUGGGUUGCAAUUGGGUGGGGGUUAUGUUUGUGAAAUCCUGGCAACCCUGAGUACACCUAUUUGUGGGCAAUUUCUCCCAGCAUUCAGAUGUCUCCAGAGAUGUUCAGUUCUCUGGCCACUCUUUUGUUAUCUUGACUGUGGGCUGCUGGAAGAUGACCCCUUGGCCCAGUCUCAGGUCCAGGUAUUCAGGUCCUGUCUGGUUCCAGUCUUCUAUUUACGGAUGAUGAAGGCCACCACUGGACCUUCAAUGCUGCACAAAUUUUCCCUAGAUCUUGACACAAUCCUGUCUCAGAGAUCUACAGUUUGCUUGACUUCAUGGUUUGUGCUCUGACGUGCACCGUUAACUGUAGGACCUUAAACAGACAGGUCUGCACCUUUCCAAAUCAUGUCCAAUCAACUAAAUGUACCACAAGUGGACUCCAAUCAAGCUGUAGAAACGUCUCAAGGAUGAUCAGAGGAAACAGGAUGGACUUGAGCUGAAUUUUGAUGUCACGGCAAAGGGUGUGAGUACUUAUGUACUCUUUGUAUUUUUUUUAAUAAAUUGAAAAUAAUGACUUUAAUUCAUUUUGCAAUAAGGGAUAACAUAACCUUAGUAAUAGCAUAACGAAAUGUGGAAAAGUGAAGCGCUGUGAAUACUUUCUGGAGGCACUGCGUGUUCCCUCCUUAGGGAGCAGAUAGUCGAGUGCUUUCUGGAUGCCUCAGCUGCUGCCUUGAUUCAAUCAUCAUUACUUUUACAGAACCGAUGAUGGACGGGCGAAUGAGAAGAGGAAGAUGAUUUCAUCAGUGGAAACAGUCGAAAGAAACCAUGUUUCCUCUUUUCUUAAAUCUGAGGUCCUGUAAGGCGCCUUGAAGCCGAUGGUAAGUUUACUGCUGUUUGUCUGUGAACUGAAAUGUGUUUAGAGCAAAUGGCAAUUAAUGAAGAAAAUUUAACAUCAAAUUAGUUUAGUGUUCAGCUUUUUCUCUAAAUCUAUUGCUCAAUGUAUGAUGACUAUAAAUAUAACAUUCUGCAUGCAAUUAUGCCACACACUGUCCAUUUAGUUUCUUUGUUUUAUUAAUGUAACACAUACGUUUCCCAUUCUAUAUAUUUGUUCUCAUUACAUAUCCAAUUUCAAAGGAAAAUACAUCACAUUGUAGAAGAAAAACGGUUUGCAAAUGUUGACUUAAAGCAACCAACCUUUCUUAAAUGACUAAAAUCUAACUCCAGAAGCUACUAAAAUGAUGCCAGUUGCUUAUUGAGAAUCACAUCAGCAUACUAAAAUGAUUUCUGAAGGAUCGGAUGACACCGAAAAAUGCAAUAGAUUACGCAAUAUAUUCAAAUACAAAAGAGUUACUUCAUAAUAUUACUGUUUUUACUUAAUGAAUCGUUCCAGAUGUUUAGUCAAGCUAGACCUCUGCAGAAAAAUAUAGGCUUUAAAUCCAGCUGAGCAUGCUAGUGUCGUCCAUAUUAACAGACCGAGUUUGAAAAAACCCGCAAUUGUAAUUUGACCAAAAAUAAGAGCGUAAAACACUGGGUAAUAUAUAUCGUAUCCUGUUGUGCACUCUGAGGAGUGUCUGAAAAUAGUACUCCACCAACUUAACAACUGUGUAAGUAUUUGUAAAUGAUCUUACGCUUAUUAGUCAGCCCUGCUGACCAUGCAGGAUCAUAUUAAGUCGAAGUAGGGCCAGCACCUCUUUGAAACACAACAAAUAAGCGGUUUCUAUGAAUGAAACACAUCAAUAACUUGAUCAGCGCAAAGCAGAAGUUCAGUGCCUUGUCCAAUAAUUUAACCCAAGGUUUUAACCAAAGACGUAACAGCAAACGACACUCAACACAAGCGUCGUCCUCCAACUCCCUGAACGUUAAUCAAUUAAUCCGGCAGAGGAGCGUAUCAGAUCACAUCCAACAUCCUCCACGACCCACUUCUUCGUUUAAUCUUACAGACAUCUGGAAAUUUUGUCUUUCUCAUUGGCCUAUUUUAAGGAGUCUGAUUGGCAGACAUUAGAAGCGGAUAUUUCAAGGGCCUGGCAAACAAACUGUGUUUAGUACCUUACCAUAAAGAGGGGAGCCGUAUGAUGAUGCCAGCCUUAUAUACGAUUCUUGAGCGCAGUUCUGCCGCUAGUGCUCCGCUUCCUCCAGACGUUCUUCUUCCAGGUCUUGCACGGCUGCCUAACUUUCUCAUUUAGGGGUGAAGAAAACAGGUGGCCAAGAUGUCUGAG